GGACCCGACUCGGCCUCAGACCACGCCUCGAUGUCGUUCCGUCGCGCCGUGCGAACGGCUACUGGUCUUACCGCCACGGCCACGGCCACGGCGCUCGCUGUUCACGGCUUUGUGAGCUCAAACGACGGCCAACUUCCGAAAGAUCCUUGGAGCGAGUCGAGCACGCCGUUACCGUCACGAAGCGCCACUGUGCGCGCGCUGAAGCGAGCGCAAGAGCCGUGUGACGUGCUCGUCAUUGGUGGUGGUGCCACGGGCGCGGGAUGCGCGGUAGAUGCGGCGACGAGAGGGCUGAGCGUGACGCUGGUCGAGGGCGAGGACUUUGGCGCCGGGACGAGCGGCCGAAGCACGAAGCUGGUGCACGGCGGCGUGCGAUACCUCGAGAAGGCGGUGUUUCAGCUCGAUCCAGGACAGUUGAAGCUUGUUUUUGAGGCGUUGCAAGAGAGGAAAACGUUGUUAAAUAACGCGCCGCACUUGACGCGAGCGUUGCCCAUAGCAACGCCGUGUUACGAGUGGUGGGAGGUGCCGUAUUACUGGGCGGGAAUGAAGGCGUACGAUUUAGUCGCCGGAUCGCAAGGUUUGACGAUGUCGAUUUUCGCGAGAGCAGGGUCCAUGAAGUCCCAGUUCCCACAAUUGACGCAAAUGCGCACAGAUAUCGGAGAAAAGUCGAUGAAAGGGGCGAUUGUGUACUAUGACGGGCAGUUUGACGACGCUAGAUUAAACGUCGCUUUAGCGUGUACGGCAGCGCAUGCAGGCGCUGCCGUCGUGAAUUACACGAGAGUUGUGAAGUUUCACAAGGAUGGCGAUCGAAUCUCCGGCGUGCGAGCUCGCGAUAUGCUGACUGGGAGUGAAUACGACAUUUACGCCAAGACGGUGAUCAACGCAAGCGGACCUUUCACGGACGAGCUUCGUAAACUGUCAGACGACAAAGCAGAAGAAAUCAUGAUGCCUGCCGCUGGUGCGCACUUGACGCUUCCAGCGUACUACUGCCCGAGCGACCUCGGUCUCAUCAUUCCAAAGACAAAAGACGGACGUGUCGUCUUCGUACUCCCGUGGCUGGGUGCGUGCAUUGCAGGUACCACAGAUACCAAGUGCGACGUAACGAUGACGCCAUCGGCCACGAAGGACGAAGUUGAUUUCAUUUUAGAGUCAAUCGCACCUUAUCUGAAAGUUGAGACGCGUCGUUCCGAUAUUUUGAGCGCGUGGAGUGGUAUUCGUCCACUCGCGGCAGAUCCGGGGGCAAAGAAUACAGAAAACAUGUCCAGAGAUCACGUGAUUGCCGUCGAGAAGGAUGGAAUGGUGACCGUCACUGGAGGUAAAUGGACGACUUACAGACGAAUGGCUGAAGAAGCAGUCGAUAAGGCCAUCGAAACCGGAGGGUUAUCGGGAGAAGCUGGCAAGUGCCGAACUCAUGCUCUGGGCGUCGUCGGCGCGCAUGGUUACACAAACGACUUGUUUGUCCAAGUCGCUCAGAGGGGUGGUAGCAGCUUUGGAGGUACGCCAGAUGAAUCCGUCGCCAAGCAUCUCGCUCAUUCAUAUGGCGACAGAGCUCUCGUUGUAGCGGAUCUCGCGGCUUAUUCGCACCUGUCAAAGCGUCUCGUGCCAAACCAUCCCGUCAUUGAAGCGGAAGUCGUGUAUGCUGCUCGAGCGGAAUAUUGUCAAACUGCGAUUGAUUUCCUCGCUCGUCGCACACGUCUUGCGUUUUUAGAUGUUGAUGCUGCCGAAAAAGCUUUACCACGCGUGGUGGCUCUCCUCGGCGCCGAACUCAACUGGAGUUAUAUUCGGCGUCGACGAGAGUUGGCUGCCGGUCGAACGUUUCUCUCCACUUUUAAGACGGCAUAGCGUGUACAGUAGAAUAAAUUACAUACUAGAAUAACUUCAGCCAAAGAUAUCUUGCGUUAUGCGACGCGCCUGGAGCUUGAGUACCUCGGAGUUGCUCUUCAUGAUGACAUCAUACAAUUUCAUCGAGAGAUUCGCAUACUGGUCAAUCUCCAUCUUCAAGAGCUCUGCGGACGCGUGCUUGAUAUUUUGUUCCAUCGGACUUGGUGCUGCUUGCGACGAAAUCUGAAGCGUUGAUAAUAAUGCAACUCCCUCGGCCGCAUCCGGGUUCCCACUUUCAAGGCUGGCGUGAAACGCGUCGAGCGCGUCGUCCAAGUCUCCGUUUACGAUUUCCGCAUACCCUAACGCGGUGAACGCGCUCAUGACUCCACCUCUCACGGCUUGCUCAUAGUAAUUCCUCGCCUCGUUGAAACUGGCCGGCACACCGACGCCCUCUUCGUAGCACACAGCGAGGUUGUUCAUGGCCGCAGCGUUUCCCUUCGCCGCGGCUACUUUGAAGUAUUCAGCCGCAUUUUCUCUAUCCGCCCCGAUCCCUAGCUCCAAGUACUCGAGCGAUCC